AUGUCCAUCUGCUACUUUUCAUUUUCAGUCUUCAGCUCCAGAGGCAUGUCCGUUUCACACCACUUGCCCGAUUCAGAGCUGUACAAAUCCCGCCCAUGUGUUAUGUGCCCAGCAAACCAACUGACGAAUGCUCAAUUACUGGACGUGCAUUUUGACGACACAAAGGUGUGGAAAACGUCAUCUCCACUUUCCAGUAUCACAGAAGGGCAAUCGGAUUUGAAAAACAGAGUGCAGUCUCAAAGGUCAAUGAGUGCUGCUGAAUUCAAAACUAAUAUGCAUAAGAAACACGAGCCGACCUAUAUGACACAUGAUUCCGGAUCUAUUCCCGAUGAACAACAAAACUGUGAUCGGGCUAAGCUGAAAAAGCGCCGCAAUCGCACCACAUUCACCAGUUUCCAACUGAAUGAAAUGGAACGGAUUUUUCAGUCCGAGUUGAGACAAAAUGAACGAUUUAGCAUGUUCUCUGUUUUUCAACGACAGAAAACACAUUACCCGGAUGUGUACGCUCGAGAACAACUGGCAAUGAGAACCGGUUUGACAGAAGCACGUGUACAGGUUUGGUUCCAGAAUCGUCGAGCGAAAUGGCGCAAACGCGAACGGUUCGGUACUGGACACAGUGGAUUAUCCGACGGAUUUGUGUCUGCAAUGACUCUAAAUGGUGAGAAACGUUUUGCGACUAAUAAGGCACUACAGAACAUCGGUUCGCCUGUUAUGAACGCUCCAACGUUUGUGAAUCGUUACCCAAGUGAACUUUGUAAAUAUCCAGCUCCAAAAUUGCAUGAGGCUAUGAGAUCCCCAGAAUCUUCGAUCUCCAGGAAGAUAUGGGCGGAUGUACCAGCACAACAUGCAGUGACGCAGUUCGCAACCGUAUACAAUUUCACUAUUCCUCAAGUCCCAGGUUUUCCACAUCCUGCAGGCUCGUUUGCGGAUAUUCAAUUCCAAAAAUUCCCAAAUACCAUUACUUGGAAUGCAAAUGAACGAGGAUCACCAAGCCUACCAGAUGCUACCCAUGGUCAACUGAAUUCUGAAGAUACAGUUGAUCGGACAGCAUGUCAUUCCGAACCAUCUACUUGCUCAAAUGGGUACUUUUCUCAGAGCAUCUUUCAUUCAGAUAUCCAAAAAUCGAUUUUGCCCGACAGUCAGCUUUUCGAAUGGUCAGGAAAGCCGGAAGAACCUUCCAGAUGGUUGGCAAUCGAUUCCAGCCAAAUUUCUUUGUCUAGCAAACACUUUGGGGAAAAAUUCAAACGUCCAUCUGCGGAAAACGUAAUGACGCCUGCUUCACAAGCGAACCUUUUUAAGCGACAAACAGUGUGCCCACCACAGCCAAGUUCUUUCCUUCCGCUCCAUGGUUUGCCACAAACCAACAUCCUCGGAGUACCUAAUCGAGGCGGUCAGCAGAGCUGUUCUCUUUCAACUUCAUCUUCAGUGGCUUCGGCUUCAGAUAGCUCCAGCCCAUGUGUACGGUGGAUUCGAGCGAAUGAGCUACUGAAUAACACUUUGAUCUCUCCUCUUGCUAACGUUGAGGAAAAACACUCUAACCUGUAUGAUUACGCCACUGAAAAAACAGCCUAUUUAGACAAAGUAAGUAUGCUUGAAAAACAUCCACCUUGA